CCGCCGUUGAGAUUAGUGAGAUUACCCCGUGAGGAGGGAUGGACCAUGGUGGAAAUAGUGCCCACGCCAGUGGGAGUGAGGGUGCUGGACCCUCAGGCGCUGCGGGUAGUGAUUCAGAUGCAGUCUUACGCAGCGUAACACAGCAGGUUAUGGCAGAAAUUGCCAGGAGUUCGAGAGAACAGGGUGGUCCGUCUGUAGGCCACGGUUGUACGAUCGAGAAGUUCAUAAAGAUGAAUCCUCCAGUUUUCUCAGGAGGAACGGAUCCUGCAGUCGCUGAGAAUUGGGUGCAGGAGAUGGAGAAAAUAUUUGCAGUACUGCAGUGUUCAGAGGAGCAGAAGGUGCUGUUUGCCACCUACAGACUGAUUGGAGAGGCCGAGAGAUGGUGGUCAGCAGUGAGAUUGUUAGAGCAGCAGAGGACUAUACCUGUAGAGAUGACUUGGGAGCGAUUUAGAGAGAUAUUCUUCGACAGGUAUUUUCCAGCCUCUUCCAGGGAGGCUAAGAUUACGGAGUUCCUGAAUCUGAAGCAGGGACAGCUGUCAGUACAGCAGUACGCGGCGAGGUUCAUCGAGCUAUCUCGCUUCGCCCCGUACAUUAUUCCAGAUGAGACGAAGAAGGUACGACAGUUUGAAAGAGGCUUGAGGAGAGAAAUUUACAAGCAGGUAUCGAUAUUGAAGUUGCAGGACUUCACCGAGUUGGUUGACCGAGCCACUAUAGCAGAGAUUGGUGAGCGAUUGGAGGCUGAGGAGCAGAGGCAGAAGAAGAGAUCCAUACCUUCUGAUUUCCAGCAGGGAGCUGACCGUGCUGCGUGGAAGAAAGGUGGCUAUUAUAGGGACCGGAGACAGAGGACAGGGAAUCGCGGUUUCCAGGGUGUACAGCCAUCUGCCGCUUGCCCUUCUUGCGGGAAGAGACACCUGGGAGAGUGUCGUGCUGGGCGAGGUGUCUGCUACAGGUGCGGGGAGCCAGGACAUAUGAUGAGGGAGUGUCCGACACAGAUUGGUAUUGUUCCUAGACCUGCACGAGGAGGUUACCAGGCACCACGAGGAGGCCAGCAGAGGAAUACGGCCCCAGCCAGAGUUUUUGCUUUGACACCGGGCGACGCUGAGGCGGCAGGAGAUGUGGUGACAGGAGUCCCUGAGAGACCGACGGGUCAGGGCCGCCGUUGAGCUAGUGAGAUUACCCUGUGAGAAGAAUAAGAUUUUGUAAUAGCGUCAGAGUUAUUUUGUGUUUGACCCUAGAGAUAUUUUGAUGUAUGUGAAGAUGUGUAGAAUGCUCUAGUAUUAUGUUUUAUGAUUGGAUGUUUGAGAUUUAAUGUUUACUGCUGCUAGGUUUUCCGCUUUGUUUGACAGGUUUCCUCGCUACCCACGGGUACGGGUUGACCAUUUUAUUUAUUAUGUGAUAUUUUAUAUUAAGAAA